AUGGCACAAGAGCAGAGAGGCCGCAGUUUCAGAAGAAGCGUUUCCAAACUCCUCGGCAAACUUCCUCUCACGAAGAGCAACUCAAGCUCCUCCGCCGCCUCUCGUAAAGCCUCACUAGAAAAGACACCUCAAGCUCAAAUCAUCAGCCCAAGCAUCGUCUCGCCAAAUGUUCAGGAAAAUAUCCAACCGGAAAUCUGUUUCGACGAUUUUCCAGACGUGCCGAGUCAUCCAGUGGGGAGCGACGAAGACUUUUAG